AUGGCGGCUAUGGCGAACGACUUUCAGGAUCGCCGGAACUUGAAGCUCGAUAACCGUCACGACAUCAUCUACCUCAAGUCGAAUUUUUAUAUGAUAGGAAGAGACAAAAGCAGAACCCUUUGGAGGGUGUUAAAGAUUGAUAGAUUGGAUCCAUCUGAGCUAAACAUUCUUGAAGAUUCCACAACGUACACAGAUAUUGAGUGCUACGACCUUCUAAAACGGAUACAUGAAGGAAACAAGUCAAUGGGUGGACUUAAGUUUAUCACCAUUUGUUAUGGAAUUGUUGGGUUCGUGAAGUUUCUGGGACCUUAUUACAUGCUUAUUAUUACAAAAAGAAGGAAGAUUGGAGCAAUUUGUGGUCAUACUAUCUACGCGAUUAGCAAGAGCGAAAUUAUUCCAGUUCCAAAUUCUUCUGUGCUGUCAAACUUGGCUUAUUCUAGAAAUGAGAACAGGUCUUUUGUCCAUUCUUCAUGUAAAUGUAAUAUGUACCUGAUACUUCUAAAGAGAUCUAAGAAAGUAGCUUUCAGAAUUUUACAUCGUCCAGUUGUACUUUGAUAAGAAUCAUGUCAUCUUCAAAUUGAGAAGUUUUGUUUGUCUUUUUGUU